UAUACUAAUUACCAUUUUUCAACACAAAUUAGUAAAAUUAUAAAUUGACCAUAAUUGCGGAGGAAAAAGAAAAAGGAAAUUAGAGCUCGUAAAACGCGGGCGUUUAGAGGACAUCGCUCUCCGUUAACUAUCGAAGAGUUCUUUUGAUAGGUACCAGCAGUCUGUAUGUCUUACUUUGAUAUCUAUACACACUCAGAAAGCAAGCCCUGAAAAUGGCAAUGCGAUUUCUUAAGCUUCCAUUAAUUUCGCGCUAUUGUAAUAAUUAUAACUCUUCUAGUAGUUCAAGCUUCGUCUCCUUAUCCAAAUUCUACCCAACUCGUCUUACUGUUAAGUGGGUCAAGCCAGAGAUGCAGUUUUCCUUUAGAAGCUUUGCUGUUGCAAAGACGGGAAAGAUUCAAAUACCUAAAAAGAAAAGGAGGCUGGAUGAAAUAUGCCUCGAAAGGUUCCAGCAAUACAGCCGAACGUUUAUACAAUCGUGGAUUUUACAAGGCAAAGUAUUUGUGGAUGGGAAGAUGGUGAAUAAAGCUGGCACACCUGUCUCUGACAAAGCUGUUGUGGAGAUAAUGGCUGAAGUUCCAAAAUAUGUAUGUAGAGCAGGACAUAAGUUAGAAGCUGCCAUUGAACAGUUGGGUGUUGAUGUUGCUGGCAAAGUAGCUCUUGAUUCGGGGUUGUCAACUGGAGGAUUUACUGAUUGCUUGCUUCAGUAUGGUGCAUCAUUUGUAUAUGGAGUUGAUGUAGGUUAUGGACAGGUGGCAGACAAAAUUCGCCGAGAUGAACGUGUAUCUGUGGUAGAAAGGACAAACUUAAGAUACCUCUCUGGACUCCCCCAAAAAGUUGAUUUGGUGACUCUAGACCUCUCAUUCAUCUCUAUUUUGCUGGUCAUGCCUGCUGUAGUUAAUGUCAUGAAGGAAGACGCAGCAUUAAUCACCCUGGUAAAACCCCAAUUUGAAGCUCGGAGAUCACAAGUAGGAAGUGGUGGAAUAGUAAGAGAUCCGGAAGUCCACAAAGAGGUUCUUGAGAAGAUUAUAAAGGGUGUGGAGAACUUUGGAUUCUGCAAGAAUGGGUGGAUCGAGUCACCUUUAAAGGGCGCUGAGGGCAAUACAGAAUUUCUAGUUUACUUUAGUCGAACACCUGAGAAAUGUACAGAAUAAUGUGUUUUCAUGUGGAAGAAGAUGCUCUACAUUAGCUCGGAUGUAAAAGUUUCACUCAGGCCCGCACAGAGUGAUUACAUGCUAAAUGGAGUUUGACGUAAAUCCACAACAGAAAAAAGCUUGAUUCCUCCAAGUCUUGAUACUGUAAAUUUUGGUGAGCGUUUUUUUGAUCUAGAGCUGAAAGUGCAGGAAAUGAGAAAAAAAAAAAAGAAAAACCAAGUUUAGUGCCCUUCUAUAUGGAGUGCAGCAUUCAGUAGGGUUCUGUACUUGUAAAACAUUUGAUUGUCAGGUGUGCACACUGAUGGCUGCACCAUGCAUGCAAUUUAGCGAUUUUGAUAAGUCGGCCACCCUUUUAACAUGAUA